GAGCUUUGUGUUAAAAUUUCAACACAAAAUCGUCCAGAGUACUGCUAAAUAUGUUUACGUUCUUGUUGCGUGACGUCGUCAACAAUGUAGCUGCGUGAACCGGAAGCCGAUGUUGCCGAAUCUUUCCUCUCGAGUCCGCUAAAAGAAAACAACAGUAUUGAGCUCAUCGCGCGGAACUGUCUGUCCGUUAAUGGCUGCAAAAUGGUCCCAGUACCGGACAGAUUCCGCAGCGUGGCGAUCUGGCUGUUAAUCUCCGCGAUCGCGCGUCUGUCACACGGAGAUGAAGCGGAGCUCCCUGAUCAGGCGGAUCCGCCGCAGAGGAUCUUCAGGACGGCGGAGAUGGCCGACGCGGUGAUGGGAGUCCCUCAGUCCGCGGGGAUGGAGCCUCUGGCGGGGGACGAGUGCGCUGGAGGCCGCUGUGAGGAAGCGCUGCUGUCCGCCGUCAUCCACAGCGACUCCAGCGACACCGAGAGCCAGAACUUCACCGUGACCGAGACCGAGCCCGCCAAGACCUACAAAGUCAACUGCGAGCGGAGGAACAUCACGGGGAUCGAGCGCUUCACGGUGCAGCUGCUCAACGCGUCUCAGGACCUGAUGGAUCUGCUGAAUGCCAACAGCUCCGAGUGCUCACUGGUUCUCUUUUACACCACGUGGUGUCAGUUUUCUGCAAACCUCGCGCCGCACUUCAACGCCCUGCCUCGAGUGUUUCCCAGCAUGCACUUCCUGGCUCUGGACGCGUCCCAGCACAGCAGUCUCUCCACGCGCUUCGGGACCGUGGCCGUCCCUAACAUACUCUUGUUUCAAGGAGCCAAGCCCAUGGCCAGGUUCAACCAGACGGACCGAACGCUGGAGACCCUGACCUCCUUCAUAACGAACCAGACAGGUUUUGAAGCGAGUCCAGAUCAGACGGUACGGGAUGAAGACCGCGUCGGACCUCUGCCUGCGGUUCCUGUCAAAAGCAUCGACUGGCUCUUUGUGUUUUCGGUGCUGUUCAUCUCCAGCUUCACUCUGUAUGCCAUCCUCUGCACAGACAGCAUCCGCUGGCUCAUCCCCGGCCCGGACCACGAGCAUCAGGACUAGAGUCUGCUGAGGGCUCACACUUGGGGAAUAAAUGAGUAUAUGAAUGUA